AGCCCAAAGGACGCUGAAAAUAUCCCCCUCCAAAACCCUAGAAGCCCUCUCUCUCUCCUCUGUUCCCUCUCGCUGUUCGGAAGCGAAACAACAGUUUCACACAGUCACUCUCUCUCUUUCUCUCUCCUCCUAACAAUGGCGACGCCUUCUUUGGACGAAGAAACCUCGAAGAAAGUGAUCCGCCAGGUCGAGUUUUACUUCAGCGACAGCAAUCUUCCGAGGGACGAUUUUCUCAGUAAAACGAUUAGUGAAGGCGAAGACGGACUGGUUAGCUUGGCUCUGAUAUGCUCGUUUAGUCGGAUGAGAAAUCAUCUCAGUUUGGGGGACGUGAAGCCGGACAGUGUCCCCGAAGCUACCAUAAAGGCCGUUGCCGAAACGCUUCGACUAUCUGCCACUCUAAAACUUUCGGAAGACGGGACAAAGGUUGGUAGGGCUAAUGAAAUGCUGAAGCCGGAGGAGGUGAUAGAGCAGGUUGACAUAAGAACGGUAGCUGCUUCACCGUUUGCGUUUGAUGUGAAGCUUGAAGAUGUCGAAACUUUUUUUAGGCAAUUUGCCAAGGUUAACAGCGUGAGGCUGCCUCGCCAUGUUGCCGACAAAAAGCUACUCUGUGGCACUGCUUUGGUUGAGUUUUCAACUGAGGAAGAAGCCAAUAAGAUUUUGGAGCAACCUUUGGAAUGUGCAGGUGUUAAGUUAGAACUGAAGCCGAAGAGGGAUUUUGAUGCCGAUAGAGAAAGAGAGGUAAAGGAAUAUGAGGCUCGACCUGUUACAAGUACAAAGGGCAAGAAUAACCCGAAAGCUGAAGCUGACUACCCUAAAGGCUUGAUUGUUGCAUUCACGUUAAAGAGCUUGUCCGGCAAAGGUCCUGCAGUGGUUAGUGGUGCGCCUGACAAUGCUAAUGGUAGUACAAAUGGUACUAGUGAAGAAACAGAAAAUAAGGUGUCAGAAGAUGUUAAAGCAGCUAAUGAAGAUGUAGAAGUUUCUGGAGAGGAUGCUAAAGAUAAGGAAAAUUCUGCUGAGAAAAAUAGUUUGGAUGACAUGAAGGAAACUGGAGAUGGGGAAAAGUCUUCAGAAGGUUCCAUUCCAAAGGGUGGAGAGAAGGAAGAAAGAUUGAAUGCUGCCGCAUACAAAGAUAACAUGGAUGUCGUUUUGCGUGAGGAUUUGAAGGCUGUCUUUGAAAAGUUUGGCACCGUAAAGUACAUUGAUUUCAAGAUCGGAGAAGAAUCAGGAUACAUUCGGUUUGAAGAACCUGAAGCAGCUCAGAAAGCACGUGCAGCUGCAGUCUUUACCGAGCAAGGAGGUCUGGCUGUGAAGAAUUUCAUCGCUACUUUGGAACCAGUCAGUGGUGAGGCGGAAAAGGAGUACUGGAGCCUUUUUCGUGGCAACCAAGAAAAAUUCCGCGAUAGUAAGAACCACCGCGGAGGAAGGGGAGGCAAGCACCAUCGAGGUGGGUGGAAAGGCCGCUCAAGAGACAAUGAUAAAUCCAGUGGUCGCCCCAAUAAAGUCCGCAAAUUUUGAUCUACACGAGAGCCAUCCCCUCGAUCAUGUUUUUGGAUCAAUUUUGUGCAAUACGUUUUCGAUAGAGGCUGGUCUCUCUUAGCUAUAAAAAAGCUUGGUAAUUUUUGCUUCGUUUCGAACAGUAAUAUUGUUCUAGUACUUGUCCGUGUAACAUGAAUAAUAUAAUUUUAUAGUUUAUUUUCCUCAA